AAGCAUCACAACAACAAAAAACAGGGUUUCUUCAAGAAAAGGUUGAUUCCCCAUAUUGAAAGCUGUGUUUUGAAUGUUCAAUAAUAUAUUUUCUACGCGAAUACGAACGCAAGUUGAUUCUGGGUCGGGAAAUAUGCCGUUGGCUGGUAUUUCGAGAAAAAGUCACACAUUUCAGUGGCCGGAUAUAUUAUCGCGCCAUGACUUGAAUCUACGCACCCACAUUCAAGUGUGUGCCAUGGUAAAGAAACGCGUCUCUUCCAAUCCUGACUCAGUCAAAGUCAUCUCUUCCAUUAUCCAAGCUACGCAGCAGCUCAUGCAGGAUUUGGAGAAUAUUCGAGAUCAACUCCCGCUCCGGGGUACCGGCAUAAUCGAAGGUACCAGACAGGGCAGCCAAGAUGCUCGCCACACGGCGUCGAGAAACGCCGGAGAUGUAGCUGCGCAUGAUGCGCCUGUCCCUGACAAAAAGUCAUCCGUUGGUUCGGAUCAACAGCCAGAGAGACCAAGCGACAAGAAGCGAUCUUAUGGCGAAGAAGAAGACGAAAACAGUCAUCAGCAGCCCGGAGAGGCAAACUCCAAUAAGAAGUUCAAGCGCCUUUGCGACACAGCGAAAUUACAUGGUGACUCUGAGAGUAGCGCUGCUGAAGUAACUCCGUAUAUCCCAACGAUUGACGUUGAGGAUAUAUCCGAGGAGGUGGAGGCACGUCUGAGGCUAAAAGAAGAAGCACGACGAAACCGAGCUGGAAAGAAAGAAAAGAAACGGAAAAGAGAUAGUCAUGGCUCGGCGACUGACAGCCACUCUGGUCCCAGCCACUCGGCCCUGAAACGAAAGAAGCUCAAUCCCCAGGACGGUCUUCACACAGCACAAACCAGUACUGAUAACCCAUAUGGCUCAAGUAAAAAGGCGAGGCUUAGAUGA